AUGGCCGACGAGACGCACCUCGACUACACGCCCAACGCAGACAAGCCCGAAUGUAUCCCCGCAACCCUAAUAUCCCAGCUCAGCCUCGAAGGCGAAUGCAAGUGGCCCCUCACCACCAUCCUCGACGCCAACGGCAACGAGUGCACCACUCUCGACCUCUCGCGACUCCCGCGGCCCAAGCGCAAGGCGCAGCCGAAUAGCAUCGGGUAUGUAGAUGGGGAGGGCGUGCGGCGGGAGAAGUACAUUCCGCAGGGCCAGAUGGCGUUGGCGUGGGAGCAUUUGGAGAAUGAGCGGUGGGAGGCGUUGGGCGCGUUUGAGGAUUAUACUGAUCAGGGGUACUCCGAGAGUGAUUAUAAGCCGAAUAGACAGGAUGGGCGUCUCUGA